AUUAUUUCCUAAUCUAAACGAGUAAUCCAAAACACAUGUGCAAAGUGUCGCGUCUGUGAUUAGAGCUUAUAGUAACGGUUCUAUGGCGGAGGCGCGGUGCGUGACUCAUCUCGGCUCGUUCAUUGAGCACUGGUCCAUUGAGAGGCGCUCACGCUCAUUACAGCAGACAGCUCCGCCGGCCGGGCCUGCGCACACGCAUACAGCGCUGCGAACCGCGCUACACCAACGCACUACCUACGUUAUGUUGCCUCUCUUCUCCCGAUACAAUAUGGAGAGCUUUUCGAAAUCGUGCAUCUGGCUUGUUGCAGCGGCACUUUUGGCCGCGUGCGGCGUGAGUGCUGGCGUCGGAAGUAAAAGGCCGUUUACGCCUACCGAUUCGAUCUUAGACAUCAUCGAUACGGAGCAAGUCGAAAAGAUGCUCGCGGCGCGACGACGGGCGGAGGAAGCGACGGCGUCACCGACGUCCUACCUGCAGAGAAACGAACUCGGCGAGGGCAGCUCCGAAACCAUGGUCGUCUCCGCACCCGACCAGGAAGACGUCACCGACAUGCCCAAAGGUGCAGCCUUCAGGAACAUCCUCAAGUCCUCGAAGAACGCAUUGAUCGUGACUAAAAAGGAAUACCUUAAAGAAGACUGGUGUAAAACGGAGAAGUUGAUACAGAAAAUCCGCGAACCCGGAUGCUUACAGGCGACAGUGAUAAACAAUUUUUGUUACGGACAGUGCAACUCGUUUUAUAUUCCGAAAGGUCCGCGGCGUCGGGAAGGAAACGACGAACGGCCUCCGCCCGCGUUUAAGUCGUGCUCAUUUUGCAAACCGAAAAAGUUCACCUGGAUUACCGUCACGCUUCGUUGUCCGGGACAGAACCCGCCGUUCAGGCGCAAGCGUUUGCAAAAGAUCAAGCAGUGCAAGUGUCUCCCGGUGGGCGUGAACUGAUGCUAGCUCACGACAGACCCUCCUCACAGAGGCGGAUAAUCCGUCCAGCUCAAUCGGUGGAUCGCAUCCGAAGUAUGUGCUGAGCGCGCAAAGGUUCGAAGCUGAAAAAGGGAAGGAUACAGAAGAAUGCAAACAUAAAGUGUGACGUAAGGCGAUUUGUAAUGACAUUGUUACCUGAUGUUUUGAUUAGUAAUUGUGGCCUGCUUAUCGGGGCGAGUUCGAAGCGAACUGUUGGACAUUUUAUUCGGAUCGCGUGCUCUCAUACGUCAAUAGAGAUGACGUAAUGUGAUGCAGUGUAAUAACUUGUUAUAGAGCUGCUUCUACUGCAAGCUGUGAAGCAAAAGCUUUAAUUGUCUGUAGUGAUAUUGAUUAGUCGGUUGACGUUAGAAAACCAGUGACAGGUGACCUUGCGAUCGUUGAAGGAUAUUGGAUUAUUUAGUACAAACGUUCGUUGGAAAAAUCUGUGCUCGUUGCGUAAUAAUUGACGGAAAAUUAAGUGUUUGCUCCGCAGUUAACGAAGAAUCUACACGUUUUCAAACGCUACAGAAUAAGUGUGAUAUUAGUUGUAGAAUAACAAUCAUAAGUUGAUUGCACUGAACGAACGCAAGUUUACGUUAUUUAUUUUAAUAUAAUUUAAUCAUAAUAUUAUAUAGUAGUAUGUAGAGACCACAAUACGCUUAUUUGAAAUAAUUUAAUGAUAAUAAUUCACCUUAAUACAUGUAGGAGAUACAGAGUAAAUGUAAAUGAGUAAAUUACUUAGUAUGAGUUAACGAUAAUUCAAAUAAUAUGAUCUCUGUUUGCUCUCCAGUCUUCGCAUUUGUGUAUUUAAUAACAAUUAAUGUUAUAUGUUGUGUUGCACGAUGUUUGACAAGUGUAAAACAUAUCUUGUCAGAGAUAUCGUACAAACCUCAUCAAUUACCUAUUGUUACGAGUCUUUCACCUCAAAACGCCUUUUUGAGGUUUUUGAAAUCACUCAAAAUAUAAAUCAUAGGUUUAUGUCUUGAAGAUGGUGCAUAUAAACUAAUUAUUUACCUUAAGCUUCAAAUUGGCAUGUACAUUGUUUUUAACCGACUUCAAAAAAAGGAGGAGGUUUCUCAAUUCGACCGUAUAUAUUUUUUUCCUGUCUGUAAUACCUGACUGCUUGUGCAUUUCUUCAUCUUCAUCUAUUUAUAAAUCUUUACUUAUUUCUGGAUAUAAAUAUUUAUCUGAAUUAGCAAAACUGAGUAGAUCAAUAUCUUCAUCUUAAAAUUCAGGUAAAAAGGUCAGUAUCACAAUGUAAAGAAAAUAUGCUUUUAUUCAUUAACUAUUUAUGUGAACAAUUAUUUAUUACAAUAACGAUACGAAUAACUGCAGUUGUCACUUGUUUUUUAUACCGGUACUAGGUACUUAGUAUGUAUCAGACAUAUUGCACAUAAUUCAAUUAGGUAUUCAUUAUGAGUAUCUGCACGUAUAAGACUUUAGUAUAUUCAUCUUCAUCAUCACUUCAGCCGAUAGACGUCCACUGCAGGAUAUAGGCCUUUUGAAGGGACUUUCAAAUCAUGAUCCUGAGCUGCCAUAUACUGCGACUCGUUUAAUGUCCUCAGUCCCCCUGAUGGGGGUCGACCAACACUGCGCUUUUCGGUGCGUGGUCAUCCUUCUAAUAUCUUGGGAUCCCAAAGUCCAUGGGCUCUUCAAACUAUGAGCGCCAGGUACCUAUUACCUAAGAUUAAAUGUGGCUAAACAAUAUCAUCCAUUACCUUUAGCUUUUCUAAAAACUUCUGUCGAAGCACUAACCUAUGACAAUCCCUAGUAAUUUUUUUUACACAUUCUUGGAAAUGCCUGUAUGUUUGUACGAUGUUUUUCCUGAAAAUUUAUAUGUAUUUUUUUUAAAAAUCCUAAUACAUAUAUGAUAUAACGUUAGAUAAAGUUUGAGUCAAAAAACAAGCAUUAUUAUCUUCGUCAGUUUCUUAUAAUAUUAUUUUUACUUCUUUCUUUAUACUGUCCUCGAUCCACCUAGCGGGGGUCGAUCUAUAAUACAUACAAUAUAAUGCAAUAAUGUGAAUGUACGAGUAGGUUCUCUUGCCAUUAUGUGAACCUUAUAAAAUGUACAAGGAAAUGUUAUGUUUUACUUAACAAAAUGCAUAAUAUAAUAAUGCCCAUGUUUGAUACUGUAAUAAAUGUUUUACCACACACGCCUGUUAAUUAAACAUGUAGGUGUUUAUGUAAUGUUGAUAUUAAAUUACAUAAUUUGAUCAUUA